AUGGUACGCACCCGACAAGGGACACAAACUGAGCCGCCCUCCUUAGAAAGGAGGGGCAUGAACCGAGGUGCCCAAGGUUGGCAAGACGAAGAUCUAGAUGAUACGGCAUCUCAUGCUCCGAUAAUACCGCCCGAAACCUUGCAGGGGGAAGAUACGAUGGCAGGAGAAGGCCCGAGGCCUCAUCAGACAGAGGGAACACCCUCAGUCGCAAUGGAGGAGCGAGAAAGACCAGAAGCACAGCCAUCUACUGUUCCAACUGGUGUGCCCCCACAAUAUGUAGAUGCAGGACUCCUUGUACAAAUAGUUAAAGCAGUGAUGGAAGGCAUGGCUAAUUCAGCAGCACAAACAACCCCUACCACGCAGAAUCCACCAGCAGCCCCUACGACCAGCAUGACCAUGGAUAAUGUGGUACCACUGGUGCGACUAGUCAAGAGUAUGAGGGAAAUGGGCUGUGAACCGUAUAUGGGGGAACAAGAUGCAGAGAUAGCUGGAAGAUGGAUCAGGAAGGUAGAAAAGACAAUGAUUCAAAUAAGCAUACCCGAGGGUUUGAGGGUGAAAGAACAAGAGUUCUUGGCAUUAAGACAGGGUGAUAUGUCAGUAUUGGAGUACGAAAGGAGAUUCCAUGACCUCUCAUUGUUCGCCCCACAUUAUGUGCCGACAGAGGAACAUAUGAUUGAAAAGUUGAGAGAUGGUUUACGACAGGAUUUGAGACAAGGAUUGAUCGCCUUGCGAUUUAAAUCGGUGAGGGAGUUGAUUGAGGCUGCACAAGCUCUGGAGGCAUGUAUUGGAGAAAGCCAAGGGGGGUAUCAGAGUAUAAGCAAAAAGAGAGAUGGGGACUAUUUCAGCGGCAGACCACCGCACCCGAAGAAAGGAAAAAGUGGAGUGUUUGAGCAGCACGGAAAGAAGGGGAGUUUGAUAUUACCGCCUCACCAACAGUCAAGUGGGAGAAUGAUGGCGGGACAAUCUCACUUGAGGGCAAACUCUUCAACUGGGACCGGUGACCGCAGGGGAGUUGACUAUCCUUUUUGUGAAAAAUGUGGACAAAAACACCCUGGGGACUGCUCAGUUUCCCCUGGGCGAUGCUUUGUAUGCAGAGGAGAGGGUCAUAGGUGGAGGAACUGCCAGUAUCUUAGCCAAGGGUGUCAUUACUGUGGUGGGAAAGGUCAUUACAAGAGGGACUGCCCCAAAAGGAACACCGGACAAGUACAGAGCUAUAGACAGCCCAGUCAGAGCCACCAGCAGUCAGUCACCGUUAAUAGGCCAGUGAGAUCUUCUCAAUCAGGGGCAAACUCCAGUCGAGGGAAGCCGAGGGCACAAAAUGAUCGGACCCCAGGGAGGGUCUUCCACCUGACACAGGAGGAGGCCAGGGCUGCAUCGGAUGUGGUGGCAGAAGUAGACUUGAUUCCCUUAGAGCUGCAUGAUUUUGACAUAAUACUAGGCAUGGAUUGGUUGAGUAAAUACAAGGCACUAAUAGACUGUUAUGCUAAAACUGUUACUUUCCAAACACCUAAGGGCGAGAAAAUGACUUUUGAAGGAGAGAGAUUUCCCAAACUGAAUGCUCUAAUAUCGGUGGUAACAGCCCAAAAACUGUUAAGAAAGGGAUGUAUGGGAUACCUCGCAUACAUCUUAAACUCUGAUGAUGAAGGUCCACGAUUGAAGGAUAUUCUUGUGGUGAAGGAUUUCCCAGAUGUGUUUCCAGAAGAACUACCAGGACUACCCCCGGAGCGAGAGGUAGAGGUGUCUAUAGACACUUUUCCUGGAGUCCCACCCAUAGCCCAACAACCGUAUCGGAUGGCUCCAGCAGAACUGAACGAGUUAAAGACUCAAUUACAGGAAUUAUUAGACAAGGGGUUCAUACGACCCAGUAAUUCUCCUUGGGGAGCACCGCAUAGGCUUUGUAUUGACUAUCGACAGUUGAACAAAAUAACAAUGAAAAACAAGUAUCCGUUACCUCGGAUAGAUGAUUUGUUCGACCAAUUAAAGGGAGCGAGGGCAUUCUCGAAGAUAGAUCUGAGAUCAGGGUACUAUCAGAUGAAGAUUAAAGAAACGGAUGUAGCAAAGACCGUAUUUAGAACUCGUUACGGACACUAUGAAUUUUUGGUGUUACCAUUCGGGUUGACGAACGCCCCAGCUCUCUUCAUGGAUUUGAUGAAUCGAGUUUUCCAACCAUACCUGGAUAAGUUUGUGGUGGUAUUCAUUGAUGAUAUACUGGUGUACUCGAAUUCUUUCAAGGAACACGAAGAACACUUGAGACAAACCUUACAAACCUUGAGAGAUCACCAGUUAUAUGCAAAAUUGAGUAAAUGUGAAUUUUGGCUGAAAAGGGUGACGUUUUUGGGACAUGUCAUUUCAGCUGAAGGUGUUUUUGUCGACCCUCAAAAAGUCGAAGCAGUCUUGAAAUGGGAAAGACCGUCAGUCACUGAAAUACGUAGUUUCCUGGGACUUGCAGGAUACUAUCGGAGAUUUAUCGAAGGUUUUUCCCUGAUUGCAACCCCUUUGACCCAGCUAACUAGGAAGGAUAAGAAGUGGGUGUGGUCGGAAGAAUGUGAGGCUAGCUUCCAAGAAUUGAAGAGGAGGCUCACCACUGCUCCAGUCUUAACUCUCCCCUCAGGGAUUGAGGGUUUUGUGGUAUAUAGUGAUGCCUCGGGGAAGGGAUUGGGGUGUGUUCUGAUGCAACAUGGGAAGGUGAUCGCCUAUGCAUCAAGGCAACUAAAGACUCAUGAGGUGAACUACCCGGUGCACGACCUGGAGUUGGCAGCUGUAGAGUUGAACAUGCGGCAAAGAAGGUGGAUAGAGCUCAUUAAGGAUUAUGAUUGCACCAUAGAAUACCACCCGGGGAAAGCAAAUGUGGUGGCAGAUGCCCUCAGUCGCAAAAAUAAAGCCUCCUUGGGAAGCUUAACAGUAGGAAAGGAGCGGCAAUUGGCAGAAUUAAAAGAGUUGGGUGCAGAUUUGGGAAUUGAUGCAAGAGGUGGGUUAGUAGCCCAAUUAUUGGUGCGACCAACGUAUCGAGAACAGAUACUACAUGCCCAAUUCCAUGACAAGGUGGGAUCCAAGAUUAGGAAGAAUGUGGAGGCCGGGGUAGAAAUGAAAUUCCGAGUAGCGGAGGAUGGAUCCUUGAUGAUGGGACAACAGUUGUACGUGCCUGAUGACGAGACAGUCAAACAUAUGGUUCUGCAAGAAGCACAUGAGUCCAAAUUCUCCAUACAUCCUGGCAGCACUAAAAUGUACCGAGACCUGAAACACCUCUAUUGGUGGCCUAAUAUGAAAAGGGAAAUAGCUGAAAUGGAAGUGGGAGAUGAUCACCAUGGAUUUCGUGUCAGGAUUUCCCAAGGGGAGAAAAGGAAAUGA